AUGUCACAAUCUGACUUCCAAGAGAAGGAUUAUAAACAUUUGAUGAUCAUACAGAAUUAGCAAAACAUCCAGCACUAUAUACAAUCAAGGAAAUUGAAGGUUUAAUUUAACAUUAAGUUGAAUAGUCUAAUAUACUGAUGAACAUAUCAUUAAUCCAGUCUUCAAGUAUGCUGAUGCCAAGGGAAACACCAUUGAUGGUCAUGAUAUUGAAAAGUUCAACCUUUUGGACAUUGGUAAAGUGCACAAGAAGCAUUUUAAGAUUGACAAUUAUAAUCAUUAGAUGAUGAAAUUUUUGAAAUUACAGGAUAUGCUGUUACUAGAAUUAACGAGUCGAAGUUCAAAAUCUAUAAAGGAAAAGAGGAAUCUUUUGGUAUUAAGAAUGGUGUUCAUUUCAUUUAUUCUUUCCCUGGACAUACUUUUGGAGAUGUCUCAGGUGAUUAUGAAAAACAUUUGGAUUUCAUUAAAUUUCUUGUUAAUGAACUUCCUCCUACUAAACAUCAUUUGA